AUGGGGUUACUUACUGCUUUGGCGGUUAACGUUGUGGGAGGUGCUGUUAUCUACGGCACCGGCGGUCUUGGAGUGGGAUUGGUGGCUCCCUGGUUGGGUUUUGGCUCAGCCGGCAUCGCUAGCGGCAGUAUGGCUGCAGCAGCACAAUCCUACUAUGGGAAUCUGGCCGCUGGCAGCAUCAUUUCUAAAAUGACAGCCGCGGCUAUGGCAGCUCCCACGCCAUAG